GAAUUCCACAAGAAAGCUGAAGAGUCGUUUAUUUGUAUAUGUUGUCAAGAAUUAGCUUCAAAACCAGUCACAACUGAAUGCAAACACAACGCGUGCAAGGUGCGUGUCAUUUCUACUUAUACUACUAAAUAAAGUUAUAUACUUUAAAGCAAAUUGUGAUGUCGUUUGAAUUGUGUUUUAUUUAUAUCUUUCCCACUGGCUACCAGUUUUAAGACUGGUACGUGGCUGAUUGGGAAAGAUAAUCAAAGGCCGUUGAGGCCCACUCAUGGAUGAGAUCAAAUGAAAGUGACAGAAAGAAUUAGAGCGGUUUUCAGUUAUUUUUGCAAACGGGCACCGUGUGAAUUUUGCCUUUUGUUGUGCUUCUUUUGCCAAAUCAAAAGUCAAAAGAAUGAACGCGUGCCCCAGCCCGAUUUCGGGUUUUGUAAGGCCCGAUUCGCAGUGCAAAACAGUGCGCGCAAGGCAGGCAAACAGUGCGCGCAAAGCAGGCUGGUCAGUCAAAAAGAAAACGAGAAAAUACAAUAAAAACCUGUCGCAGAUAAUUUUGCAUUAUUUCGUGACCUUUUUGGUGCUUCUACAGUUUUGCUGACAAAGAUUUAAACCAUUCCUAGCUUAAUGAAGUGAAUCUACCACAAUCGAUUUUGUUUGACCCCAAAAUUUUGUGGACUUUCUAACAAGCUGCCGACCGCGUUGGGGUUUGGUCUCUACAGCGUGGAUUAACUUUUUUGGGAGAAUACGUCGUCCAGAAAAACCAGCAUGAGCUCCACCUUUGAAUUUACUAUAUGAGUAAAUUCUUAAACACGUCCGAAUUUAUCAUUAUGAUAAAUUCGCAGCAAAUUUUGAAUUUAUCAUAAUAAUAAAUUCGCGGCACCUAACACUAACCCCAACCCUAACCACUAACCCCUAACCACUAACCCUCAUUUUUAUAAAUUUUUCUAACUUUUUUAAAAAUCUAACUUUUUAAAUUUUUUUGCUUUUCAAAACUCUUUUAGUCUUUUAAAACUUUUUUAAAAACUAUUUUUUUAAAAAACAUGAAAAACAACCCGCCCCUGCGCGACCGGCCUCCCUUUUAGUGCCAUUACAUUUAUAACAAGAAACCUUGUGCAAUGAUUGUGGUUUUACGAUUAACUCUAUUGAUAAAUUCAAAAUGUGCCGCGAAUUUAUCAUAAUGAUAAAUUCGGACGUGUUUAAGAAUUUACUCAUAUAGUAAAUUCAAAGGUGGAGCUCAUGUUGAGAAAAACACUACUGGGACCGGUUGUCUGCAGUUAAAAAGUAGUUAACAUAAAUCAUGUAGUUUAGCCAAUUGUAUAACACUAAAAGUGGAGUUAGGCUUAACUGCAGUUAAAAAGUAGUUAAAAUGUAGUUAAAAGUAGUUAAAGUUAACUAUUAUUUUGGAGAAUAUUCUAAUCUCACGGCUGCCUUCUUUUAUAUUAAAGAGGCUGUCAAGUCCGUUCUGCUCAUGCGCGUGUUUUGUUCACAUUUAUUGUGUCAAACAAUAGAUAGUUUAAUUAAAAUUCUAAUCUGUGGACCUCCAAGUUAGCUAUUACGCUUUCAGAAUAUAUCACGAAGGAGAAAUUGAACUACUAAAGCAAAAAUUUAGCCCGAAAACAACACAUUAAAAAUAUCGAAAACGCUAAGAAGCACUUCUUACAGAGCCAGAGGUAUGGACAAAAUUUGAUUGAAAAUUUGUACACAUUUAGCUCCAAAAUUAAAAAUGCUUGAAAAUGUUGAGAAACACAUCUUUAUACAAAGGUAUGGACAAAAUGUGUACAAAGUUCAAUCAAAUUUUGUCCAGACCUCUGUAAGAAGUGCUUCUUAGCGUUUUCGAUUUAAAAUUUGUUGUUUUGGGGCUAAAUUUUUGCUUUAGUAGUUCAAUUUCUCCUUCGUGAUAUAUUCUGAAUGCGUAAUGAGCUAACUUGGAAGCUCACAGAUCGGAAUUUUAAUUAAAUUAUCUAUUGUUUGAAACGAAAAUGUAAACAAAAUACGGGCAUGAGCAGAACGGGACUUCACAGCCUCUUUAAGGUUUUUCCUUGUUUUAUUGUUUAUUUUUCACUGUUUUGAAUAAAAUUCCCACAAUCCUGUUAAAAAUGCGUGUCAGCGGUCGUUAAUCACUGCUUACUUUAUGUAAUUUUGUGUUUAAACUAUCUGCGGCCGGUUGUAUAAAAACGCCAUACUUAGUCUUCAGGAAUCGUCCUGUGCAAAAGUAUAUUCUGUUUUCGUAAAAACACCAAAGCGGCAAAGCGAUAGCGUUUGAAGAAUUUGUAUUGUCAGAAAACAUACACAGGGAAGAUAGCGAUUGAAAAUCCCAGGUAAGCGUUGCUUUCCAUUGUUGUUUUACUGAAAAAUGUUGUUCACUCCUAUAUAUACAAGUGCAAUUUUUAACGUUUUGGAUAGUUAACUAUACCCUAUUAAAAGCAUAGUUAACUUUAACUUUUUUUUAACUACUUUUUAACUACUUUUUAACUGCAGUUAGCGCUAACAACGUUUUUAUACAACCGGCCCCCGGUCAUGUAGUUAACUAAUUACAGUUAAGGAUUUAACUACGGUAGUUCACGCUAGCUGCAGUUAGCGGCCCCUCCACGCUGUUUUCAUCAGCAGCGGAAAUACCGUGGCGGCUACCAUCUACAGGGGAUUGCUGACCAAUCACAAGCAAGAUUAAAGUUUCAAUGUGUAAUAAUAUUAUAUACCAUACAGUUACAUCAUAUAGACUAUACAAACUUUCCCUACUUUCUUAGGUCUGUCUAACUCGCUCAUUUAAAGCUGGUGUGUUUACUUGCCCAACAUGUCGUUAUGACCUUGGUAAAGAAACUAAACUUGUUGUCAACACCUCGCUGUAUAAAGCUCUUCAGGAUAUUUUUCCUGGUUAUGAUAAAGGCCGAUAA